GAGCGUGCCAUAUUGACAAGGGUGAAGGGAGGAGAAGCAUCACUUAUUUCAUGAUUUUUCUCCCUUUUUUCACCCUUUUUCACACUCCGCGGGGAACUCCCUAGGGAAGCAAGGCUGUAAUGGCAGCCCUGGAAAAGCUCGUCCGGGCCUUUGAGGCAGUAAAGCUGUCUCAGGGGAACCCAGCCAGUGGCGGGGGCUCGGUACCCGGUGGGAGCAGCCAGGGACUUGACCAGCGACCCCAGGAGCACACCAGCACCAUGGCAUCCUUGGCGUCUUCCCUCUCACAACAGAGUCAGGGGCUCCUCAGUAAAAAAGACCAGGUAUUGAGUACAAAGGAAAAAGCUGCCACCUGUACUGUCAUAGCUGAUGCUCUCGUAGGGGCUAAAAGCACAGAUAUUCAGAAGCUGUUGUCAGUGGGCAUCGAGACUCUCCUUCUUCUCACAGCUGACACAGACCCUGAUGUGCGGACAAAUGCAAAUGAGUCUCUCAACAGAGUCAUCAGAAGCCUCUCAGAGACACAGCUUGGUAAGAUCCAGGUUGAGCUAUACAAGGAAAUAAAAAAGAAUGGAUCCGUAAAAAGUCUAAGGGCAGCACUGACAAGAUUCGCCGCUCUGUGUCAUCAUAUCAGACCUCAGAAAGGCAGAGCUUAUGUUCAAAACCUGUUACCGUACAUCACAAGAAUGGCCCGCAGAACAGAAGAGCCCCUGUUGGAGACACUGGCCAGCUCACUUGAGAAAAUCAUGCCAGUCUUAGGACACUUUACAAACGACAAUGAGAUCAAGAAUCUUCUUAAGGCAUUCUUGCACAACCUCAGCAGCACCUCGUCAGCCAUUCGUCGCUCAGCAGUGACCUCUCUCAUUGUGCUGUGCUGCCACUCGCGGAAGCCACCCAUGUUCUUUGGUUGGCUGUUGAGUACAAUCCUUCAAAUCUUGGUACCUGUUCAAGAUGACAUCCCAACGAGCCAGGUUCUUGGAUGCCUUCUCUGCAUGCGAUCACUCAUGCCUCAUAUUUGGGAACAGUGCUCUCCCUCGCUCCCUUCAGAAGGGCAGCAGUCGCAGCACUCCACUCAGCCGCAGUCUUCAGAUUAUGCAAUUUCAUAUGACCAAACACUUCAGGUGUAUGAGCUUUGUUUGCAUUAUAGUUCCCACUCAGACCAUAAUAUCAUCACAGCAAGUCUUGAGGCUCUUCAGACUUUGCUGCAGAACCCUCCUCUUGCUCUCCUGAUGACUCUCACAGCACCAGAAGGCAUCACAAGGUCGAGGAUCUUUGCUGACCCACGAGCUAGUCAGCUAUCUUCAAGGGCACCAAGUCAGAUUAGUGUUGCUCCUUCAUUAUAUGAAGAAGACAGUCUUCUGCUGGAUCUGGAGGGAGGCAGUGGGAAGGUCAGCAUAGAUAUUGACACACCAGAUGGUAAGAUAGACCUGGAGGAGGGACUCAAAGAGGAAGAUGAUAAAGGUGGAGGAGGAGGAGGGGGAGGAGGGGGAGGAGGAGAGGGAAGGCAAGAGUCAUUGACAGAGGUUGAUGCUGAUGAGAAUGAUAGCAGCCUCUACUCCAGCAUCGAGAUUGGCAAAGUGUCAGGAGAUGCUUCAUUACUAUUUGGAAGAGGAGAGAUGGACCUUAACGGUGAAAAACGCAAUGGAGAUCGUGAGAAAAGGAAACACAUUCAGCACAUAUCAUCACAUUCACAUAACAAAUCCCUUGAUGACAAAGCUAUGGGUACUGAUAAAGCAGGAGGUGCCAUUGGAUCAUUUCUAGAUGAGAGUCUCCCCAUUAGAUACCUUGUGCGAUACCUUUCCUCCUCAUUCCUUCUCUCGGGUCAUGUUGGGUCGCUAAUACCUGACCAGAUGGUCAGGGUGAGCAUCAAAGUCCUGGCCCUCAACUGUGUAGGAUUAGCUGUCACAGUUAUGCCUUCCCUCAUGGCUGAGCCUCUCUUUACUACAAGUGGAGGGGAAACUGAACUAGAGCAACAUAUCGAUGACAUCCUGAGGUUUCACAGACACUCAGAUCCUCAGCUGGGAGCAAGUGUUGGCACAGUUGUUGGCCAGUACAUCCGAGCCAGCCUCAUCCAUGGUUGUGGACAGUAUAAUGAUCUUGGGAGACCUGGCUUGGCUUUGCCCUCAUUGUUGGAGAUAUUGUGCAAGUUACUAGGUAGUGAAUCUAGUGUGACAUCACGAGGAGCUGUCAGUGGUCUAGGGUUGUGCCUUGGAGAACUUUUGCACUCCUGGCAUGCUGGGGUAGUUCUUGCCGUCCUCCCACAUCUUGUCAAUACUGGCUCAAAUUUAUAUUGGUUAGUCAAGGUUGAAUUGUGUGACCUGCUGGCAGGACUUCCAUUAAGCUACAUAGAUCAUGUUGAAAGCAGCAGUACAUACACAAGUGCAGGUGGUGCUGUUGCAAUGAUGUCUUCGUUGAGGCAGUCAGACAGGUUCUCGCAUCGUGUUUUGACAGCAGUUUUAAUUCCCUUGCUGGCAGAUCAAGACCCUAGAGUUCGCACAGCUGCAGGAACCGCAUGCAUGAAACUGGUUCCAGAAUUAAUGAGCAGUGGUAAUCUCAUCCAGAAAGUGGCAUCCAAUCUAGUACGUCCGGGACGCCUGGUGCCAUCCAAACAUCAAUCCUCCGGGACUGCCAGAUGUCAUCAGUCUUUUGGAAUCUCCUUAGACUUGAAAAAUGUAGGAGUUUCACAGAGCCUUUCUCGCCUCAUUUAUGCCUUAACAACUCAUCUGAUGAACAUGAACAACAAGUUCCUCAUGCUUGGAUGUUUAGAAUCUCUGUCGUUGCUGAGUGAACACUAUCCUCCAGUUUUGUAUCCUGCUGCCUGGGGAUGCCACAUUCCUCAAAUGCAAACAAGUGACAGCAAUAUACACAUUGGCUUAAUCACACUGGUGCUCUCUCUGGCUGGUGAGGCACCACUGGCAGGAGACCUCAGUGUCCAACAGAACAUACUCACUCUUGCCUCGAACAUCCUCACUGGAAUUGCUGUUGAGUCUUUGAGACAUGGAAGGGAUGACAUAUCAACGUCUAAAGUGCCAUGGUCGCUAUUAGGAUCCCAACAGAUGUCAACAGUGGUGGAGGCAGUUGUCCAGCACAUCUUGCGAGUACUGUGUGUCUAUACCCAUGUCUUGGAGGAGAUCACACCUGGCUCUCGACCUCAACUGGCCCCUCUGAAUCCACAGACUGCUAUAUCUCCAAUAAAGAGAAGAACAAGAGCAGAAACCACGGGUGAUAAAAAUCGUACACACUCUCCAAGCAAAGGAGACAAAGGGGACAAUGAGGAAAAGGAAAGAAAAUCAUCAAAGCCAGGAGCUAUUGGGUCAUUUUUCCAUCUCCCAGAGUACAUUAAGAUGUAUGAUGUACUGAAAAAUGCGUAUGCCAAUUAUAAGAUCUCAUUAGAAGAAAACACAAUGGAGAAACUUUGCGGAUUGUUACGUGUCACCUUGACAAGCCUGGGAAGGAUACUAGAAGUCGCCUCCAUGCUAGAGUUUGGGAGGCUUGCUGAAGAAAUCCUGCAGUAUUUGAAGGUGGUGACAUCUCUCCUUCCCACACUAACUGUACAGUGUGGUCAGCAGCUGUUAAAGUGCUUGUUUGGUUCAAAUGUGAUGGCACUCUUUGAGCACUUGGGUAGGAAGGGAUCAGAUCAUCACUCAAGAGUGCCAACAGAUUCUAUGGGAACUGGUGGUGAGAGUGCUAAUGAAGGACCAGAAAUUAUUAGUCUACAUCAACGUUGCUUUACCCAGCCUUUGUCCCAGCUAGAAGAUGACCUGACUGCCAUGUCUGAGGCGCGGCAGGACAGUGAACCUAUAAGUUUCACACUUAAUCAAAGAAAGGGAAGUUCUAGUCUCUUCAAGACCUUAGGAAGAGGAAAUGACAAGUCAUCUUUGAGUUCUUACAUAAGGCUUUUUGAGCCACUAGUCAUCAAAGCAUUAAAGCUCUAUACAGUGUCAAGUGAUGUAAUUAUGCAACGGUCAGUGCUCCAGCUCCUAAUCCACUUGGUGCAGAUUCGGGUUAAUUAUUGUUUGCUGGACUCGGAUCAGAUAUUUAUAGGAUAUGUCAUCAAGCAGUUUGAGUACAUUGAGGAAGGACAGAUCAAGUCAGCAGAAGAGUUGAUUCCUUCCAUGUUCCGUUUUCUGGUGCUUUUGUCCUAUGAACGACAUCACAGCAAGAGCAUCAUUGGUGUUCCCAAGAUUAUGCAGUUAUGUGAUGGUCUUAUGGCUAGUGGACAGCCUCCUCUCUCACACUGUAUACUAGCCUUACAGCCUCUGGUGGAAGACUUGUUUCUGGUCCGGAGCACCACAAGCACGACAGACCAGAGGGAGCUAGACACUCAGAGGGAGGUCUUAUGCUCCAUGCUGCUACGUUUGGCUCAUUAUCACCAGGUAUUGCGCCUGAUUUCGCUGGUGCUUGGAGCAACCAUGGAGAGCAACAGGGAGCGCUGGAGGAAAUUGUCUCGGCAAGUGAUUGACACUCUUCUACCACUCCUCUCCAAGCUACAAGUUAAUUUGGAUUCAGAGGAUUCUCUAGCUGCUGUGGAAGAAGUCAUGAAUGGUGUCUGUCCCAGUGUCUACCGGCCAGUCGACUGUGUACUCAAGGCUCUCUUCACUUCGCCUUGUGAACUGGAGAGCACAGUGGGUGUUGAACGCUGGGUGGGCAGCGUUCUGUUGCUGCUGCGGAGCCUUAUCACCCAUUCCACCCCAGAGUUGGUCCUUGCACGCCUUGAAGAGUUGGGGCUGAGUAUGGACUAUGUGCACAGCGAUGUAACAUCUGACACCUCUCCAGGACCUACACCAAGUGGAUCAGAGGCUCUCUCUCCACAGGUCGGAGACCAUGCCUCAGGCUUUAGAGAUCCUCUGAAUGUGACACAGCCAGAGACUCUUCCUCAAGUGGCAAUGGCCAGAUUUCUGCUUGAAGUGGUGCGAGUCAGUGUGAGUGAGAUCAGAAGUGUGCGGUUGUCCCUGUUGAAUAGUGGGCCUCCACCUGAUGGAAAAGGUGGCCAACACACCCCCAGCUUAUUGGUACAUUUGUCCCACCACCUGCUUCUUACUCUCCUGCAUCUCACUAUUUCUGGUCAGUGGAGAGAUGUUAUCACCUCUCUGAAGGAUAUAUGCAGUCGAGAGUCAGAGCUUAUGGAAGAAAUAAGUGAAGCUUUGCUCUCUGUAUCUGGCUGGUAUCCUCCUCUCACACUCUUAUGGUGCAAACUGAUGACUUGUUUAGACCUGACUUCACAAAACCUCUGGACACGUGUCUUAAGGACUUGCCAGCGGAAAUCAGUUACGAGUAUCAGCAGCCCAGUGGUGAGUGAGGCUAGUGGACCCUCCAGCUGCCUUCCUCUGGAGUUCUUGAGAAGAUGUGGAUUACUUGUCUUCUCUGAGUUUGUUGUUCGACACAUGCAGGAAGGAGAGUGGCUGACAUGGUUGGUUGUACAACACAUAAGUGAUGUUGUUAUCCUUCAUAAAGAGCCACCAAUUUCCACACUUAUUCAAUCCAUACACUCAUCACCUGCGGCCUCAGCGCUCCUUAUUCAAGCCAUCCAUGCUCGUUGUGACCAUGUGCAGAAGGCAGAAUAUGGGGGCCACAUUAUAUCAUUGGUGUCAGGAGUGCACAUAUCACAGUCUGGUGCCCUUAUAACUUUCCUGGUGGAGCGGCUCCUUGCCUCACCCUUUUUGGCUGUCACUCGUGCUGCUUGUUCCCUGGCAACCCAGCGCCUUCAUCUUCUUCUAGCCAUGCCCCCAGGCCAAGUCCUUGUUCAGCUGCCUCUAGAGGACCUAACAAAAAUUCUGAAUUAUAUGAAGGAAAACAAGCUGAACAAGAGGUAUGGGCAGAUGCAUGGCUUGUUGCAGAGGUUGUUAGGACAGGUACAUGGCAUUGCUAGUUCUCCGUGCACUGAAGCAACUCCAAUCAGCCCACCACUCCAAGGUCCUGCCAACACUCGACUAGAUCUCAACUGGUACCUUCAGCUUGUUCGAAACAGGUGCACCCAGGGGGAAGGUGGAGGCCUAGAAUGUGGGCAGUUGCUGAGUCAGCUGGAGUACAGUGAGAUCAUCAACAUCAUGUCCGGGAAGUCCUUCAACACGGCACUCCUGACCCACACUCUCAGGCUUGGACUCACCACCACUGUGCAGGCAAAUAGGGACUGGGGUGAGUGCAAUAGCUCAGUGCAGGAGACAGUGAGGAGUGCACACCUAGCACAGGUGGCAGGUUCAUUGCCAAGGCCACAUCACACCUUCACCCCAGGUGGGGGUAACAAGUACAGUGAAAGGGUGUGCAAGCUUCUCUCUGGUGAUGAUGGUAUUGGCAGUGUGGUGGAUACUUUGGCACCGGCGCUGAUCGAAUACCUCACUGCCAUGACCCGCCUUCCAUGGGGUGCAGAAAUCCCGCCAGAUAGCUCUGAACACAUCCUACGGUUUGCUCUCUUGGCCAUGGAGUAUCUGCAUUGGCAAGUGUGGUUAGGAAGUGUUAGCAUAGAAGUAGCGAGUCUGUGCCUAUCAUGUGUGGACACAGUUCUACGCACUGGGUCUUUGGCAAACCUGAUGGGCCUCUCGGAGAGAAUAUCAUAUGUUUGCUCUAUGGUAGCAGCUCUACAUGCAGCAGCCUCACAUCUUAUCAAGCCUAGAGCUUUUCCAAGUUUGCCAAGUGCCCUCAGCCAGUGUUUGAAUGAUGGAGAGAGCAGUCCCUUGGUGGCUUGUCGCAGGCUGAUGCAGCUGAUAUCCUGGUUGGAAGCUGGCAGUGCACGUGAUUUACCAGCCUGUAUAGCACAGCCAAUUAAAGGCAUCAUAAUGGGUGUUGGCCGGAUGCCAGUAGUGAAUAGUGUUGUGAGAAUACCUCCAGAUGUGUGGACCCUUGGUUGGUCUCCACAGUUCUCAGGAGAAAACGGUACAACUUUACCACCAGUCCAUAAUGAUCUCUUACAGGAGACAGAUGUUUUGAAGCAGUUUGUAUUCAGACUGGAAUUGUUUGGCUGGAUUGGUCGACAUCAGUUUGAAGAGACGUGGAUGGCACUGUUAUGUGUCCUGAACUCUACUCCUAGUGAAAACACACCUGCUGAAGAACUCCCCUUCAUUAACUUGAGUUUAUCACUGGCUGUAAGAGGGAUUACUGCCCUACUGGUACAGACUCUGCUGCUCCCACUUCCGGGCAAUCCCCAUAGCGGACACUUGUUGAAUAUCCCACGAGAUAAGCCACCCCCUUACCUAACCUCUAAAUCUGGAAGGAAGCUCCAAGAGAUCAUGUUCCGGCUCCAUGAGAGGUUAAGAGAAGUUCAUCAUCUGAUCAAGGGAGGGCCGAGGCAGACACCUAGUUACCAGCUGAGUCAGGUGUCAGUUGAAUACCUGGUUACUGCUCUCAAUAGCCAUGCCGAGCCGCCAGACUCUCCUGAAACUGUGCUCCAAACAGGGUGUUAUGAAUUUGAAGUUCGGGAACGGCAGCUAGCAAGCUGUGGUUUAGAUGUACAGUCUUGUCUCCACACCCUGCAUUACUUAUACUCUUUAUGGCUUCGACCACAAAGUGGUUUGUGUGCAUCAGUGGUAGCUGAAGUAGUGAAGUCGGUGAGCUGCCUGUGUGAUUUGUUCUGUUCAGCUGAUCAUCACCGUUGGGUCUUGGAGGCCUUGCUACCCCUGCAUACUCUACACCCCAUAGAAGAUCACAUCACACAGCAGUACAUUAUUCUUUCCACCUGUAAGGCCUUAGCCACUCUAAGAUUAGCCAAACAGGAGGUGAGUUCAUCGUUAAGUGAAGGUGUGGUGCACAUUGUGGAGGGUGGACUGAAGAGUGGUCAGGUGUCUGUACGAACCUGUGCUGUUCAGGGCCUCCUCUACCUACUACAAGGUCCACCUGAAGAAAGUCCACCUUUAGUGAUGCUUGCAGCAAAUUACAUCCUCAAGUACAAUGAUGGUAAAAGUCGUGAGUGUGAGAGUCAUGAGGUUGCUGUUUGGGAAGUGUGGGUCUACCUGGUUGAGCAUUAUGAAACCCUCCCUGACCCCACGCUUCCAUCUACUGCUCUUCACAUGGCCUUGUCAACAGCGGCAACCUCAUCCACAACACCUCGACUCCUCCAUCAGGUCCUGCGAGGUGUGGAGAGACUAGUUUUAGUUCAGCAGCUCUCCAGCAACACAGUGGAGGUGAUCUUCAAGUUAGUAAUGGACCUAGUGCUAAAUGGGUCACCUUCAACAUCACUGGCUGCACUGCCCCUCUUCAUUACAGCACUCUAUGCCAACGUGAGGAACAAUGCUGCUCUCACGCAUGACAUAGCACAGGAGGACAUGUCAUCUGACCCGGAGACUCUCCUGCUUGUUAUGGAGAAGUUGUCUGUUUUCUUUGACCGCAUUCGAGUGGGUUAUCCACAUGAGGCAGGUGUGAUAGCUGGUCUGUUAGGCCCUUGCCUCCUAGACAUACUUCCUGCUAGUCAGAUACUGAAUAAAGUGAUUACAGAGUAUAUAUCGAGCCAUCAGCCGCACCCCCAUUUGUUAGCUUCGACACUCUUCCAGGUGUUUGAAGGUGCCAUAAGUGAGAGUGGAGAAGGCCUGGUUCAGGAGUGGGUACUCCUUUCUCUCAGUAACUUUACCCAGCGUAGUCCUAUUUCCCUUGCAGUAUGGUGCUUAACAUGCUUCUUUAUAGCUGCCUCGAGUAACCGAUGGCUCAGAGCAGCUUUCCCUUAUGUUCAGGCCCGAUUAGGAAAGCUAGAUGCCAGAGAUAUUCAGAUAUUUUGUCUGUCAGCCUCCCACUUCCGUCAGAGUUUAGCAACAGAAGACCAGAAGGCAAAGUUUGCAGCUGUGUUUCAAGCUGUAGCAACGCCAGGGUCUCCUUUCCAAGAAUUAUUAGAUUGUAUCAAAGAUUAAAAGUAACUUUUAUGAUAUCUUAUACAAAUUUCCUAUAUGUAGAAAAUAUUUAAGUAAUUGAAUGAUUGAAUGAAAUUGAAAACACACACACACACACACACACACA